CAUCAGAGUUCAUCGUGAACACCCUGAACGCCGGCUCAGGGGCCUUGUCUGUCACCAUUGAUGGCCCCUCCAAGGUGCAGCUGGACUGUCGGGAGUGUCCUGAGGGCCACUUGGUCACUUACACUCCCAUGGCCCCUGGCAACAACCUCAUUGCCAUCAAGUAUGGUGGCCCCCAGCACAUCGUGGGCAGUCCCUUCAAGGCCAAGGUCACUGGUCCGAGGCUGUCUGGAGGCCACAGCCUUCACGAAACAUCCACCGUUCUGGUGGAGACUGUGACCAAGUCUUCCUCAAGCCAAGGCUCCAGCUACAGCUCCAUCCCCAAGUUCUCCUCAGAUGCCAGCAAGGUGGUGACUCGGGGCCCUGGGCUGUCCCAGGCCUUCGUGGGCCAGAAGAACUCCUUCACCGUGGACUGCAGCAAAGCAGGCACCAACAUGAUGAUGGUGGGUGUGCACGGCCCCAAGACCCCCUGUGAGGAGGUGUACGUGAAGCACAUGGGGAACCGGGUGUACAAUGUCACCUACACCGUCAAGGAGAAAGGGGACUAUAUCCUCAUCGUCAAGUGGGGUGACGAAAGUGUCCCUGGAAGCCCCUUCAAAGUCAAGGUCCCUUGAAUGCCAAAAGUACCUCCCCAGCCUCAGCCCCCACCUCCAGCCAAACACACAUUACACACACACACACACACACACGUGCUACACCCAGACACACGCACAGAAUCAGACACUACAAACACCUACCUUGGGGUGAAGCGAAGGCACAGCCUCCCCACCCCACUGCGCCCCGGGGGUUGGAGGACCUAGUCUGUGUUAGGACAGUGUCCCUCCCUGGGAAUGUGACAUGAGGGCAGACUGGGGCCAGGCUCAGGGGCAGAGGCUGGGACAUGAG